UAGACAUUCCAGUGAAAAACUGAGGUUGUCUAAAAUGAAAUUUAUUUACACAAUUGUCUAUAUGAAGAUAUAGACAAUGAAAUUUAGACAAGCCACUAGAGAUGCUCUUAUUUGCAGAACCACUGCUUUAUUAAAAAGGAAAAAAAAAAUCUGUCAUCCAUAAAAUUUCAGGAAUACAUGUUGCUCCUAUGACUCAGCCAAAUACUGCCACUUUUUUUCUGCCUGAUAGAGUACAUGAGAACAGUCUCAUUUUCUCCAAAACAAUCUUGAAAGACGACAGAACCCGUCAGUGUAUCAGACGCCACGCCACUCUGGUGCGUCCUGAAACAACCCACGGAAAAUAAACCUCAGGUCAACAGGUCAAGUGUCAACCAGUCACAGCUGAAGCAUGAUCAACCUAUAAAUCACUCCAACAAAUCGGCCUCGCAAACCGUAACACUAUCACAACGCCCUCCUAACCCCUACUGAACAUGCCCUGGAUCAGCAUCACGUUGCUACUUAAGCGCCUCUGGAAUGCCACCCAGAUCAUCAUCCGCUCCAAAGCCAACACAGCAGCAGCAGCAGCAGCAGCAAAGGGGCAGCCAGCUCGGACGGGAAGCAGACAGAGCGGCAAUGGAGGGCAAGAGACCGCCGUGCGCGCCGACCGUGGCGGUGCUCCUGGUGCUGCUGCUGUUCGUCCUCAUGGCGGACGAGGCGGACGCCCAGGUGUUCUGCCGAUCCCAGUUCAACCUGGCCAACGAGGCCUGCAGCCUGCGGACAUACCCCGGCACCAACCCGUCGGUGCCGCCGCGGCGGCCGGUGCUGCUCAACGCGUCGUCGUCCGCCAGCGGCUACGAGCUGCAGGCGGCCGGCGACGAGCACAGCGCCAGCGGCGGCCAUGGCGGCGACCACGGCGGCAGCGAGCAUGGUAGCGGACACGGCGGCAGCGGGCACGGGGGCAGCCAUGUCGGCAGCCGCCGCCACGGGCACCAGCACCACGUGGGAGGCGCGGACCCGUACGACACGGCGUGCUGCCGGCGGCUCAUGGGCAUCGACAACGCCUGCAUCUGCCAGGCCAUGUCCUUCCUCCCGGUCUUCAUGAGCAGGGUCAAGCACUCCAUCAAGCUCACCCCGGUCCCCGGCUGCGACAUCUCCUUCGAGUGCGCCGGCGUCUACUGACGGCGCCCCGACCGCCCCGCCCCACAGUUUCAUUUUGCUGAAUGAAAACGUAGCAGCUUCUGCAGCAGCAAUUUUCCAUCUUCCUGGUCUAGCUUAACAAUUCUGGGAUUUAUUUUUACAUUAUACUCCUAUAUAGUUCUGUUCUGAAUGUUUUUUCUCCCCCUCAUGAUUAGUAGGGAACUCUUUUUUCCACUAUAUAUGAUUAACAAGAGUAUUUCAUAGUGAA